CUCCGCAUACUCGGUUUCAUGGAAAGUGGCUUAAUUCUCAACACAUGCCACAGUGUCUCAUCUACGAUCCGAUGUGGUGAUGUCUGCCGAGUUGCACAAACAGAUGUGUGUCUAUUCGAUGGUCUUGCUUCAAUGUUUUUGCAAGACAACAGUAUUCAACAGUGCGUCUCGCUUAUACGAUUGCCGCGUAUCAGAGAAACGGCAGCUCAGAUCACUUCCCCCCUCGAUGCCAUGACUAUUGCAUGCAUCAUUGUAAUUGGCACGUGA